AUGUUAGCCACCUUCACUAUAUAUACAAGGCCACAAAAUUAAACAAUACAAAUUCUACUUAUCAAACUGAAAAAUGGAACCGUAUUCAAGUAAAAUAUUUUCUUCUUCCUUCUCUAGUUCUUCAAGUUCUUUUGCUUGUCAUGAUCAACUCGACGAAACGAAAGAAAAGCCAUAUCUUUCUUCUCUCCAUAGAGUUCGCAGCUUUCCAUCAAGAUCAAUCAACAAGAAGCCCAUCGCUCCAUCGCCACCAAUUCCCCCUAAAAUCUAUAGAGUCGAAGUUGUUAAUUUCAGACAAGUUGUCCAAAUGUUAACUGCUGCACCCGAGUUCCAAUCUCACUCCAAUCCCACCUCCAUCCCCGCGCAUUCACCAGAGGUGGCUCCUCCUCCUCCUUCUGCUCGUGAUCUUUCACCAACUUCAUUACCAAGUAACAGUAAUAUUAAUGGCGGGCAAUGGAGAGAGUUUCUUCCUCCUUCCUCCUCAGUGGUGAUUUCAAAUGACGAGAUUUCUAAUGAGUCAAUUAUUCACGCGGAAGAAAAACAUGUUGGACCCCAAAUUGCAGUACCGAACAGUACUAUUUUUGGAGCAUGCGACACAACUCCUCUAGGCGUACCUCAAUCUCCUUCUUCUUUCAUGUGGUGUUCCUCUCUUCUUUUGAGCCCCGAUACACUCAGUACUUCUAUGGAUACCAGCACGGUUCUCUAAUACCUUAGCUCAAAAGCGAAUUUAAAAUUUAAAUUCAAUAAAUUGUAGUUUGAGUAGGAAAAUAGUGGAUUUAAUUGAACCCACUCUAAAUCCAACAUUGUACGUACUUGAUAU